CCCCGCCGCCGCCCCCCGGCCCCCCUCAGACCUCCUUCAUUCCCCCCACAGAAGGCAGAGAGCGAGCACAGGCAGGCGACGGCUCCCGGCAGCGAACAGGCUUCGGGGGGCGCGUUGCCGGCUGCCACCGCCGCGGGCGCCCAGAAUUCUUCAUUAUAUCACUGAAUAAUGGAUGAGACUGAAAGAGAAAAAGAGAAGAGGGAUGUAUCUAAUGUAUCUGAAAAUAAAAAGAAGGACCAAUACAAUACCUUCUUCACAGAACUGCGUGCCAUGCUUCAAACUCAUGGUUAUCCCAUAAAAGGAGACAGAUCUAAAACAUCACAGGGCACUACUGCACUUUCACAGAAGAAGAAAGGCACAGUCAAUCCAGAAACCUCUAGAGAGCGAUCUAAUUGGAUUCCAUCAUUCCAGAGCUAUGAAGACUUCAAGUGUAAGACACUACAAUCAUUAGAUGGCUUUAUGAUAAUAUUGAGCACAGAUGGAGUGAUAAUUUUUGUCGCUGGAAACGUCACUUGUCUCCUUGGCCAUUUACCAAAUGAUCUCAUAGGCAAAAAGUUAUUAAGUCUUCUGCCUGAUAAUGAGAAAAACGAAGUCUAUCGAAAGAUUGCUCUCAAACUUCCUUUGUCAAGCUCAGUGGGAAAACAUAUUGAUUUUUGCUGUCAUUUUAAGAGAGGAGAUGUUGAACAUAGUAGCAGCCCUACUUAUGAAUACGUGAAGUUCAUCAUCACAGUCAAAGAUAUUUCAAGUGAGCCUUUGGUGCUCUUCAGUAGCUUCUUCCCCAGCCACACCUAUGCUGAAUCGUUUCCUACAUAUCUUCCUUUGGAGGAUCGGUUUUAUAUGGUGGGGUCCAUUUGUCUCUUCAAGCCUCAGACCCUACAGGAACUUUGUGCUGUCAAUAAAGCUGAGGAUGAGGUUAUGCUGAUACAAGAAGACUCAAAUGAAGAACAUGUAUAUCCAGAGUACAGAAUCCAAGGCCAAAGAAGAAGCUCUAGAAUGGAAUCGCUGCGUGCUGCUGAGUCUGUUGCUACUGGUGUUUCAGGCGAUCAGGCCAGUAUUGUCACGGUCAAGCAGUAUGGACUACAGGAGUCUGUUCAGAUAAUCAAGAUACAGUCUGAUACAUCUUACAACUCCAGCAUAUCUUCCCUGGAAAGCACAGCAAUAUCUCCAGCUACAUCAUCUUUGCAGAGCUUUGAAUUGGAAUCGUCGUUGGAACAGAUACAUGAUAUGGAUGAUGCGGACCAGAUGGAAAAGAUGGAACAAGUAGAUGAAGAGGAAGAGGUGGAAUGGAUGGUGGAGAAAAAAGUGGAGCAGAAGAGCCAGGUGGACCGGAUGGAGAAGGAUGACCAGCUGGACCAGGUGAAGAAGGAAGAGCAGCUGGACGAGAUGAAGCAGGAUGAGCAGCUGGAGCAGCAAGCCCUCUCACCCUCCACUGUGGCUGCUAACACCACUGACCAGCUGUCACAGCCACCAUCAGCAAUCACAUCAUACAUCAACAAGCGGGAGCUGGAGCUGAUGAAGAAGUUUAGGGAACAGCUAGAAGAGAAGACACAGAUGCUGCAGGGCAACAUCAAGAGCCAGCAGGAUGCACUGGAAAUGGUGAAGGACCAGCUUCAGAGGAUGCAGAGUUCUGGCUUUCAGAUGCAGCCAACCACCUCACACCACCUUGCCACUCCUGAGUCCCAGUCUCUGGGGCCAGUGCCCAAGAAACAACGCACUGAGUGGAUGAAGGGGCCCUUCUCAGAUCUCAAGGAGUUCAAACUUUCGUCUGGUUCAUGUUCUUCCCGCUCUUUCAAAUGCCCUCAGGAGCUUCAGGAGCCUUGCAACACCCUGAACCAGGCAUCACUGCAGGCGCAGGUCCCAUACGUGCAGCAACAGUUCCAGCAGGUGCACGAGCGGCAUACACAGCAGCCCCAGCAGCAUCAUACGCUGCUGGGAAACCACACGCUGCAGGUCCACUUGCAGGGCCAGGCCAACGUGGCAAUGCCCCUCUACGAGGAGCCGAUGACAUUCAUGCAGACCCAGCCCACCGUCCUUCCCGUCCAGCUCGUAGCUGGACAGCAGCCCUCUGGCUACUAUCAAAAUGAAACCCUGAGGGGCACCGAAGGUAACAGUCAUAGUUUCCUUCCUAUGGAGCAGCAGGGUGUGUCCAGGGAUCCGCAGCCAAUGGUGUACAACCCAAGCUGUAUAACCAGCUUUCGUCGGUCUCCCGUAAAUCCUGAGUCCACCUUAAUCACCUUGGAGACCCCGCAGGAUUACAUCCAACUUUGGCAACAGCCACCAGAUUCACAGCAUCACCUCUACCUGCAAGUGAAUACUUGGCCUUCCAGGGAGCAGACCACCAUGCAGGACCAAGCCACCUGGCCCCAGCAGGUGGCAGCUCUUGAGGCAGGUUCAGAGGCUUUCCAGGACCCUGCCAGAUAUACACCAGGCCAAAUGAGCUAUUUCAUGUCCAUGGAACAGUCCUCCUUGGACCAGCGCCAGCGCCAGCACCAGCACCAGCACCAGCACCAGCGGUACUAUCGUACCGAACCUUGAGAGAAGAGGGGCAGACAGGCCAAUGAGGCCUGCAUGGCCAGGGGAUUCCAAGGUUCAGAGUCCCCUGAGCAGGGAUUGGGGGGUGGGGGGAUUUUCUUUUCUUUCCUUAUAAGUUCUGUUUGCAAUUGUUUGAGCACAGCCUGUUUCUUGAAAGUUGUGUCACAGAGGCAGCCUGUGGCCCCAGUGUGCUAAUGUGUGACAACAGCCCCGCUACAGCCCCCACCCUUCCUGGCCUGGCACAUGUGUGUUUCUCCACGGGCCGGCAGGCUGCCAAAUCUGCUUAAGUUCAAAUACCUUUUUUUCUGCCAAGAAACAUUCUCCAGCAUGGGUUGCCAUCUAAUAGGAAGCUGUCCUGUACUAAAGCCCCAGAAGGUCCAAAGCCUUGGUCUUGAUGGCCAAGCCCUGCAUCUCCUUCACAGUCGUGUUGGGGAAACCACAGGGAACAGCAAUCCAGUGGUGGGAAGCUAAAAUCAGAUGAACAUAGGUGCUUUGUACUGAAAUAAUCACAGCUCCAGUGCUUAAUAAAAAUCGUCUUUCAUUGCAA